AUGGCUUCUUCCACUCCAGACCCCGACGGGACCGAGGAUGUCAACGAUUUCUUGCAACGAAUCCGCCAGUUGGGAGAACAACGCGACAAGGAGGACGAGGAGCGCACAAAGAAGCUGGAGGAAGAGAUCCUGCAAGGUCGACGGGAACGACAGGCCCGCAGAGCAGAACGCGCUCGGUCGAUAUCCCCCACAAAAGACUCGCCCCUUCUGGAUGCGACUCGAUUGAGCAUUUCGUCUAUCGGUUCUCGCCCCAUCGACCCUCCAGAGCAUCUGGAGCCCACAACACAAACAACAGACCCCGAAUCCUCCACCAAACCCGAUUCGAUGCUCUCAGAUGUUCCUGAGAAACCGAAAGCGGAUGAGUACGGAAUGGACACCUCUCCUACGAGACCUUCACCGCCGUCGCCUCUCGCUCGGAGUCGACACGGAACAUUAUCCUGGCAACAGCGACCCUUAUCACGAGAAUUCGGCCGUUCGCUCUUCUCGACAUCUCCUACUCGCGCAAACCGUUUGAGAUCCAUGUCCUCGGUCACCGGCGAUAGUCAGGGUCAGGAGCGGUCUCCAUCUCGGGAUCAAAACACACAUACUUGGUCGGCCAAUGAUACGACUCCUGCACCCCGCCAAACCGCGGAUCGAGAGCUUGAGUCUCCAAUGCUGCAGAAGAGCACCGCAGAUGAUGUGGAUUCAAACCGUGAUCAAGAGGUGUCAGAAGCCGCUCGGGAGAACACGGCAGAGCAAGAAAAACAUUCCGGUCAACAGCAUGUUGACGAAAGAUCCCGCUCCCCUUCCAGGGCGAGCUCGACCUUCGGGGACAGCAACGUGAGCAAUCGAUAUUCGAGCAUGUCAUCCGUGUCAACAGCCACAGGACUCGGUUCUCCGCUUCCAUCAUCAAAUGCCCAGAGAUUCGAACCUCCAAAGGCAGAAUCGAGCACCGAAGAGCAAUUGCCUCCAUCUCCUACCCAGCGACGACUCUCACCGGAGCGCCCGUCAUCACCGACGAAAGGAAUGGGUGGGUUCGUCCAGAGUGCCAUGAUGAAACGUUCCGAUACCGUUUCGAAACGCUGGAGUGCACAGCUUCCUUCGAGCCUCACGCGGAACAAUUCUAUUUCUAGCAACCGCAACAGCAUCGCAGUGCCGAACUAUGGGGACACCAUUUCCGCAACGAGCCCUCCUAAACUCGGCAAGGAUGCUCCACCUUUCUUGUCCCAUCGUCCAAGCUCGAGCCACAGCGAGGUAACAGUUGUUACCAAUAGGAGAGGAAGUGAAAGACCAUCCACUCCUCCUGUUCCUAAUGAGGGCAACGAAAACAGCGGAAGCAACGCAAAGACUGAAGAAGGUGCAUCUCGGCCAUUGCUCACCCUCCAUGCGAGAACUGCUAGCACCCUGGACAAGGAGGACCGGAAUGUCGAUCCUAACCCGACAAGUCCGGUAGUCUCACGGACCAUGGACCCAAAACGGUGGAGUCCUACUAAAGCCACCUGGCUGGAGAGUGCCCUGAAUCGGCCCGACUCGCCAAGACAUAAAAGGCAACCUUCGCAAACUUCUUGGAAGGAUCGCCAGUCCCGAGGCAGUAUCGAUCUGGGCCGGUCAAAUAGCUUUAAGGAAGUUACUCCAGCGGGUCUAAUGCGUCCUGUCGCUCCCGGUAACCACUACAAGAAACCCAGCAUUACCGGAUUGCCGGAUUUGUCUGGCACGCUAGACACUGGCAGAGGAAAGGUGCCUUCUGGCUUGGAGCCUUCCAAGGAGAGUAAUCCAGCGACCAUGGCCAAACCAAUCACGGAGAAGAAGGAAGAUGAAGAGGUUGUUCCUUCUCCUUCGCUGUCGAUCUCACCAGAAAAGAGCCCAGUUCAAAGUACGUCGAAUGUUCCGGACCGCAAACCUGUGCCUCUUACCCUCACGCCUACACCUAACAUCGCACCACCUUCCCCCCUAUCUGCUCGAGAUCCCGCGUCGCCAAAGCCAAAAGCCCAAUCCCCUGUCAUCGACUUUAGGGCAAACCUUCGGAAGAGAGAAGUCGCUAAAGAAGCUACACCCAAAGGCGAACCGGAACCGGAGUUCAAGAACAUUUUCGGGAAGCUGAAGAAAACGGAAAAGAACUCCUUUACGCAGCAAAAUGAGCUCAAGGACAAUAUCCUAAAGGGGAGGGCGGCAUUGAAUGCGACCGGUGGCCCAAAGAAGAACUCCAAACCGGAUGAGGUGAAGGAAGGUCUUCUCAAGCAGAAAGACAUCAGAACCGGCGGCGGCUUAUCGAGGCGAAAUACUGCCGGGGAAAACGACGCCCCUGCCAAAUUCGUCCCCGAGGCCAUUGCCAGGCGACAUAACCUUAGUAAAUCGAGCAGCGUCCGAAGCAGCAAUGCACCUUCCUCGCCCUCAACCCUCGAACCCGGUACACCACGAGACUUACAGAGUCUGAAGUCGCCUGUUUUCUCGCCUCAGACUGAAGGAUCUACAGAAAAUCCAGAAAACCUUCAACUCUCGCCCGCACCUGACGACUCCGCCGCCCACGAGCCCGAGCUCAAGCGCCAACCCGAAACUCAGCCUACCGAUGUCGCCUCCCCUGUUGUCGAACCCAGCUCCGAAGACAAGAAUGACGUAUUGGAGGAACAAAUAAAGAAGGACGACGAGCUCGAAACUAAACAAGAAGACUCGAAAGCGAUUGAGGAGGCCAUUCAGCUGGUGCGUGCUUUGCCGUCGGAAACCGUCGCGGCAGUCGCAACUCCGCCUGCGCCUGCUGCAACUGAAGGUCUUGCUGCUAAAGGUAACAAACUUGCAGGCCGAAUCAACCCUGCCUUAGUGGGGCUUUUGUCUCGCGGGCCCUCCAAUGCUGGCGCAAGUGAUGGGCCGAAGCAUGCCGUCUCGUCUGGGCAAAGCGGCUCGGAGUCGGCACCCGGUGCUCCAUUGACACAUGUUACAAAAAGUCGGGCAAGAGGGCCGAGGAGACGUGCACCAGGGGCUACUGCCGCCAGUCAAACAAAGUCUCCUGCUGCUGUUCAGCCUGAACUCCCUUCUCAACCCGAGCAGUCCGCUGAUGAAACCGAGUCAUCUGCCCCAAAAGAUGAGGCGUUCGCUCAGUCUGAGGUACCGAUCCCAAACGACGAGCCAUUGGCAAUUCAAACUGAGCAGCUCUCUAGUGAAACGGAGCCUGUUGCCCCAAACGAUGAAUCCCCUGCUGCUCAGUUUGAGCUGCCUGCCCAAGAGCCUGAGCCGUCUGCUCAUCUUUCCAGCGAAGCAGAAGCGUCUGCCCCAAACGACAAGCUAUCGGCGGCUGAGCCUGAGCUGAAUGACCCAAAGGAGGAGCUGCAGACUGCUCAGACUGAGUUGCAUAUCAGUCAACCUGAAGCAUCUCCCAUCAGGACUGGGCAGUCUGCUAUUGAGGCGGAAUCAAAUAUUGUGAGAGAUGAGCUUGUCGUGGAGCGUGAAUCGGUUGUCUCGCACCCAGAGUCGUCUGUCCCAAACGACGAAGUAUCCACUGCUCAGAUUGAGUUUCCUGUCAGUCAACCUGAACCUUCGGCCCAACCUGAGCUGCCUUCCUCAAAGGAUGAGCCGCGCACGGCUGAGUUUGAACUGCCUACCACCCAGCUUGGGACACUCUCCACCCAACAGGGGCAGCAUUAUCUGGUUGAAUCAGAACAGACUGUUCCAAAGGAUGAAUCAGUUGUUGACUCUGAACCUUUUGCAACGCAGCCAGAGUCGUCUAUCCUGAAAGAUGACGUGCCGGCCGGCCAAUUUGAGCAUCUAGUUCAACCUGAGCUACCUUCUCCAGAGGAUGAGCAGCGCACGCCUGACUUCGAACUGCCUACAGCCCAGCGCGAGGCAUCCUUCGUUCAACAUGAGCAGCAGUCUGCAGCUGAAGUAGAACAUAAAGCUACCAUCCUGAAAGAUGAGCCAGUCAUCGAGUCCGAACCUGUUGUGACACAGCUGAGGUUACCUGUCCCGGAACAUGAUGUGCCGGCCAGCCAACCUGAAUCUGAGCUGCCAUCCCAAAAGGAUGAGCCACGCAUGGGUGGGUUUGAACUGCCUGUCACCCUGCCGGAGACACCCUUCGCUCAACAUGAGCAACAAUCUACGGCGGAAGCAGAACCGACCGUCCCAUUUGUUGAGUCGGAACCCGUUGUGACGCAGCUGGAGUCGCAUGUUCCAAAGGAUGAGGUGCUGGUUAGACAGCCUGAGUUUGAGCUGGAUAUUUCUAACGAUGAACCUCACCCUGCUCACCCUGACGUGCCUCUAAGUCAACCCGAGGAAUUUUCCGUUCAUAACAUGCAGCAAUCUGCGACUGAAGCAGAGCGCUCUGUCCUGAAAGAUGACGUGCCAGUCAGCCAAUCUGAGUCUGAGCUGGGUUCCUCUAACGAUGCGUCUCAUCCCGCUCAACUUGACCUGCCUGCCAACCAACUUGGGACAAUUUCUAUCCAAGAUAAGCAGCAGUCUACGGAUGAAGCAGAACUGACCAUUCCAAAAGAUGAGUCAAUUGUUGAGUCUGAAUCUGUCGUGGCACAGUUGGAGUUGAAAGAUGAUGCGUCUGUUGACGCCGAGUCGAACUAUGAGCCUCACUCUGCUCAACUUGACCUGCCUCUCAGCCAACCUGAGACAUCCGUUCGAGAUGUGCAGCAAUAUUCGACUGAAGUAGAGCACUCUAUCCCAGAAGAACCAUCCACUGUCCGACCUGAGCCGGUUACCAGGGAAGCUGACACUUCGGAUACCAAAUUGAAGUCACCAGUCCCAAAGGAUGACUUCCAAUUCGGAUUUCCAGUUGCACAAACUGAGCAGUCUACCGUGGAAGACGAGCCAUCUGUUGAGCCGUCAUUCCUUCAAGAUGAGCAGUCCACGACUGAAGCGGAGCGUUCUGUCUCGAAUGACGAGCCGUCCAUAGUCCAAUCUGUGCCAGUUACCAGUGAAACUGAAGCUUCAGAUGCAGGACUCAAGUCACCGGCUGCGAAAGAUGACUUCCAAUUCAAAUUCGAGCACUCUGACGCGAAAGACGAGUCGUCUGCUUCCCAGCCUGAGUUCAAUAUCUCAAAAGAUGAGCCACCGGCUACUCGAACUGAACCCGUACCUGUCCCAAGAGAUGACUUCUCUCAAUUUGAGUUUCCAGUUACGCAGACCGACCAAUCUGUGGCAAAAAGGCCCUCUGUUACCGAGGUUGAAUUAGACGUCCCAAAGGUUGAGCCAACAGUCCUUCAGACCGAGCACACUGCCAGGGAAUAUGAGCCUGCUACGCAACUGGAGCCAUCUGUUCCAAGGGAUGACUUGUCUCAGUUUGAGUUCCCCGUCAUUCAAACCGAACAAUCGACAUUGAAAGACGAGGCUUCCUCGACUCAGCAUGACUUGUCUGCCAGUGACCUCGAACCUUGUGUCCUAGGGCUACCUGUCCCAAAGGAUGAACCCUCUCAAGCUGUAUCGCCCUCCAGGGAGCCUGAAACGCCUGCUAGCGAGCCGAAAUUGUCCACCACGCACCAGGAGGCAUCAUCUGCUCCAAAGGAUGAGUCGCUUGUCAAUCAGCCAAAUGCGCUCGCCAGUGAGCCGGAACCGGUUGUUUCGAACGAGUGGCCUGUUAUUCAACCAGAGCCGACCGUCAAAGUCACAGAGCCUCAGUCGCCUGUCCCGAAGGAUGAAUCGCCUGUCACAGAGGCGCCAGCUAGUGAACCGAAGCCGCCUGCACAGGAAAAUGGCCUAUCUGCUCAUCCUGAGCCGGCCGUUAGUGAAACCAAACUGACUAGCACGAAAUCAGAGUCUGCCCCGAAGUCGUCCUUUGAAGCUGCGAGAUCAGUCUUCGACCGCUCCGCUGGUGAUUCCAACAGUAACUGGCCACUUCCUGACAGUCCACCGACGAACAAAAUUGGCCAGCGUGAGCAAAGUCCACCUUCCGAGAAGGGCAUGCAGGACACAGCACAUGACGAUACAACGCCACAGCUUACACCUCAGCCUAAGAGUAAGAUAGAUGCGCUCUCUCCGAAAUCGUUCCACUCAUACGAAGACGUCGAGAACCUGGGUGACUCUCCCGCACAAAGGCCAGCUGUGCCACCCAAGUCACCGCGCACACCUUCGUCUGAGCAGAGAUGGAGUCCACGAGUUCGGCAUUCAUCGCAGUCUCCGUCUCCACUCAGAACAAGUUACAAGGGGAAUCAGAUGGAUUCCCCCGUUGGUAGUCCUCAACAGCGGACCUUUAGUGGGUUCGGGCUCGGCUCGAUUCUUUCAUCUCGACACAAAUCCUUACCUUCUCCUCCAGUACCUCCGAAGCGAUCCGACACGCUGCUCUCAACACCAAGUUCUUCAGCAUCAUUAGUUCCACAGGCUGAUGAAUCCUUGGAGGUCAUCGCGGAGUUUUUCACGGCUUUCCCCAAAACAAGUGACCGGGUAGACAUUGAUCCUCAGUUGAUGCUUACCACUCGGGAUAGCGAUUCCAAAAUCCGAACUUUGAAGAAGCAAGUAUGGGAGAUCACAGGCGAAGGCAAGAGGCAAGACCUUCCCAUCAACCAGGAGUACAUUCUCUACGAGGGCAGUAUGUACUUGUGUGUCCACACGUUUGAGUUUGAGUCGGAUAGCAGCACACGCUCUGAGACUCAUCUGUGGUGUGGUGACGACGUGCCGGACCAUGCCAUAGACGAUGCGCAGACCUUUGCUCGCAAGGUUGCUAAGGAGCAUAGCUGCAAGCUUGAGGUUAUCAAGCAAGGCAAAGAAACCGCUCGGUUUAUCCAAGCAGUUGGCGGCAUCCUGAUCACGCGCCGUGGAUCGAAUUCUCGCUCGAGCCUGUCGGCCUUGUAUAUGCUUUGCGGACGGAAGCACUUGAAGCAAAUGGUGUUCGACGAAGUUGACUUCACACGCCGCAACCUGUGUUCCGGCUUCCCGUUCGUGAUCUCCGCACCGUUUGGAAAGUUGUAUCUGUGGAAAGGGAAAGGAAGUACCGCAGAAGAAAUUGGCGCGGCUCGGCUCAUUGGCAUGGACCUUGGUUUGACUGGAGAGUUUGAAGAGGUUACUGAAGGCGAGGAGCCAGAGAGCUUCUUCGAGAUCUUCAACUACCGGGAUACGGAGGAGUAUCUGCGUUCGGACGACUGGCAGCUCAAGCCCAACCAUGAACAGUUCCGUUGCAGACUGCUUCGCGUUGACCACGAACUUGGCCAGAAGUCUGGAUUCUGGAUUCGACGCCCUGGUUCUUCGUCUCCGAUCAUUCGGCCCAACGAUACUGUUCAGGAGAUCGAACCAUAUUGCUACAAAGAUAUCACCCCUAAGGGGAUUUACAUCCUUGAUACCUAUUUUGAGCUUUAUGUAAUCGUUGGUGAGCAGGCUGCUCAUCGUCCCGCCGAAUUCGCGUCGGCUGUGGUGUUUGCGCACGAAUACGGCAUCCUGGCUGCUUCUCUUCAGGACCGUCCAUUCAUUCCCAAGAGCUACGUCUCUAUCGGUGGCGCCCCGAAUUCGUGUCGAAGUGCGUUCCGCAAAUGGCACAAGGAGGCCUGGAAGCUGCCUCCGCAGGUUUUCCCCUUGAACGCGGCGAUUGAUGCCAUUCGAACUUGA